AUGAAGCAAUACGAGAGAUCCGAGCUAAAAGUCCUGCAGGAGGGACGCUUUCUGCGGCUUUGUGAGAUUUCGUACCAACCUGUGCUGGGGGAUUUGACUUCACCUUCCAAACCAAAAGUGAAGGGUGUGGGUGGCAGAAAAUGGGAAAUGUCGCAGCGCACAACCCGUCAGGUUCCUCUUGAGUUGUACCGGCGCACCCCCGUUCCCUUUGCCAUUGAUAGCGUAGAGAUAUGCGCUUUCUUGCGUCGUUCUGAAGAAACGUCCUUAAUCCUAGUUGCACAGUAUCGUCCGCCGUUGGAUGCGCUGGUGCUUGAAUUUCCAGCAGGACUAAUUGACCCGGGUGAAAAUGUAAGGAGUGCAGCUUUGCGUGAGCUAAAGGAAGAAACCGGUUAUGCUGCAACUGAAGAGGAUAUCACCAGUGUAACAGAUCCGCUUUGUUAUGAGCCUGGCUUGACGGAUUCUUGUGGAGAAUUCGUGAGAAUAUUGGUUGACGGCGACAAAAAAGAAAACCACAAUCCAAAGCAGCAGCUUGAUGAUGGGGAAGAUAUUGAGGUGAUUUUGUUGCCGAUACAUUCGAAGAAAUCCGAUGCCGAAGGCGAUACCCCUUUGCAGGCACUUGAGAAAUUGUUGAAGGGGAAGUAUGAUACCCAGCGACGAAUCAUAAUUGAUGCGAGAUUAUAUAUGUUUUUGGAUGGCCUUUCUCUCACAAGGGCGAUGCGUUGGUAG